AUGGCUCAUAGAGGAUUCUUGGCUACUGCUUUCUUGUGCUUGUUACUUUGCUUAAGUUUUCAAGGUAAUGCAAUAGAUGUAAGCAAGUAUGAAGGCAAGAUGGAAUACCAGCAUACAUCUAUUGCCUAUGCAGAAAGUUUGGCGCUAGCAAAUACAUAUUUUGCAAAUAAAUAUUUUGCCACCGACUCAAAUGACAAUGUGACAGUUGCUGCAUCGACUCGUGUAUACCCGGAGCUAUACGAGGAUCAUGACACUCACUUCUUCGUUCUUUGGAGAUCAGGCCAACAGAAGAAAGAAUGCUACAAUUUGAAAUGUGAAGGAUUUAAAUGGGACGAUGCAUCUCCCUUUGUUCCUUGGUAUAAGAAUCUUGAUACUGGAGAUUGGUGGUUGUAUUAUGGGCCUAAUGGAGAUCAACCAGUAGGAUAUUGGCCUAAAUCUCUCUUUACGACGUUGGCUGACAAAGCAUCACAGAUUUAUAUCGGAGGAGAAGUUACUUUUAAAAGAGGUGGACCAAGCCCACCAAUGGGCAGUGGCCAUUAUGCAGUAGAAGGAUAUAAAAAGCAACAUAUGUGA